AUGCCUUCUCGAGUCAUCAGCGCCCGCGGGGCGGCGAGUGGCGGUGAGGUGAGCGUAGCGGACAGUCCGUUUGCUACAUUCGAGUCACUCACCCAGGCAGCCGUCAUCGCUGUCAUCGGAAUCGCCAUUGUUGUGUCCAACCUUCUUAUCAUAGCGUCCUUUCUCAAUUUUAAAGGACUGUCCAACGAAGUCAUAAAUUAUUAUCUGCUAUCGUUGGCUGUGGCUGAUCUAUUAUGUGGGCUAUUCGUGGUACCGCUCUCUGUGUACCCAGCAAUAACUGGUCGAUGGAUGUUCGGAGACCUGAUGUGUCGGCUGGCGGGCUACGUGGAGGUCACACUGUGGUCCGUGUCCGUGUACACGUUCAUGUGGAUCUCAGUGGACCGGUACCUGGCCGUGCGGAAACCUCUCCGAUAUGAGACGGUUAGUGCGACGGUACAAACUCGCACACGUAGCCAAUGUUGGAUGGUGUUCACCUGGAUAUCAGCUGCGAUGCUCUGUUGUCCACCGUUACUCGGAUACAAAAAGGACGCUAAUUUUGAUAAGGAAACUCUGAUAUGCAUGCUCGACUGGGGUACAACUUACGCUUAUACCGCCACUUUGAGUAUUCUGGUGUUGGGUCCGAGCGUUAUAUCUAUAGUAUACAACUACUUCUACAUAUUCUCAAUGAAGAGGAAACUGCACAGCGGAGCACCGAUUCACGACAAGGAGUAUGCCACUGCGUUGGCUGAAAACCUAGCCAAUCCUAGCCAUUGGAUGAGUUUCAUUCUUGUUUCCGUAUUUUGGCUCAGCUGGGCUCCCUACGCCGGUGUGAGGUUUUAUGAGUACUUCACCGAUCAGGAGCUGAAAAUUCCGAUGUUACAUUUCGGCGUAGUGUGGCUCGGCAUUCUUAAUUCAUUUUGGAAAAUUAUAAUUCUAUUAUCUUUAAGCCCUCAGUUUAGAUUGGCUUUAAGAAUAUUAUGCUUGACUGCAUGCUGUCGUACCAAGGGACGCCUGCAAGCCGAGCUGAUUGGCAUGGAUAAUGAUGAUUAG